AUGGAUGCACUCGAGGCUCCAGAGCUGCUUUUACUACCCCACCUGUCGGCCUUGACACCCAAGACUGGUUUUCUGAUUGGACUUGCUCUCGCUAUCACCGCAUACUGCUACUAUAGACACACACAACAUCCACUGUACAAGUUCCCAGGACCCCGAUCGGCCGCAUGGAGCAACGUGCUCUACUGUUACUACUACAUCCAAGGUCGACAGCCCUUCAAGUUGCUGGAGCUGCACAACCAAUAUGGAAGCGUUGUUCGGACGGCUCCAAACGAUCUCUCCUUUAACACGGCAGGUGCAUUUCGAGAUAUUUACAACUUCCGGCCGGGCCAUGAGACUUUUAUCAAGAGCGACUGGUAUGAUGGGGGCGUCUUUGCAGACAAAGCUCAUUCGAUCGUGAGCGAGCGUGAACCUGGCAAGCAUGGGCACAUGCGGAAGUAUCUCAGCCACGCCUUUUCGGACAAAUCGUUGAAAGCGCAAGAGCCACUCAUCGAUGAAGUUGUAAACGAGUUUGUCUCUCAGCUUGACGUGUUUGGUUCGAAAAAGGGUGGCAUCGACAUUGUUGUCUGGUUUAAUUUAGCCACUUUUGAUAUCAUUGGCUCCUUGGCAUUUGGAGAGUCUUUUGGGGGCGUCAAAUCAGGUGAGGUUCAUCCUUGGAUUUCGCGAAUCAUCACGGCGAUCGGGCAGAGUGCUUUGGCAGAUGCCUUCAAGCGGUUUCCAAAAUUCGCGACCACAUUCAAGUGGUUAUUCCCGAAAGCAAUUGAGAAGAUGCUGGAAGACACGGCAGGCCAUGAGAACUAUACCAUCUCACUGAUUGAUAAGAGGUUGAGCAAUCCAUCUACUCGCCCAGACUUCUUGACGCGCAUGCUGGAAAACAGACCAGAAGAUUUGACAGAUGUCCAGAUCGCGGCCCAUGCGUCUGACUUUGUCAUUGCUGGCAGCGAAACGACAGCGACAACAUUGAGCUGCAUCGUAUACUAUUUGACCAAGAACCCAUCAGUAUAUCAGAAAGCCACGCAGGAAAUCCGAGACAGGUUCGAAAGAUUCGAGGACAUCAACUCAACAGCAGCUUCGCAACUCAAAUAUCUUCAUGCAUUAGCUCUCGAGGCGAUGCGAAUCUAUCCACCUUUGCCGCUGGCCUUACCGCGAGUCGUUCCCAAAGGCGGAGAUACCAUCGACGGUCACUUCGUUGCAGAAGGGACAAUCGUUUCCGUCAAUCCUGUAGCAGCUUGUCUAUCUACAAAGAACUUUGAUGCGCCACUGGAGUUCAGACCAGAGCGGUGGCUCGAAAGUGAUUUGGUCGAUGAUCACGAGGCCUCGCAGCCUUUCUCGAUGGGACCUCGAGCAUGCCUCGGAAGGAAUUUGGCAUGGAUCGAGUUGAGUCUAAGUCGAUUGGUUAAGGGAUUCCAGAAUGGCGAUGCUGUGGAAGAAGCCAAAGCUAAUGAUCAAGACUACUCUGAGCCUGAGCCUGAGCCCUCACAAAAGCGGCAGCUCAAAUAG